AUGGCUGCACAAAAUAUUGUUAGGAGUGGAGAAAGAUGGCGGGUUGGGAAUGGUCAGAAGAUUAGGAUUUGGUCUGAUAAAUGGUUGCCAAUUCCAUCUACCUUUAAAGUAAUAUCACCACCAACAGUGCUGGGCAGUCAAGCAUUGGUCUUUGAUCUUAUUAAUAGUGAUACCGCGAAGUGGAAAUAUGAUUUGGUUCAUCAGAUUUUUGUACCACAUGAGGCUGACAUCAUUUUUGGUUUGCCACUUAGCUCAACUCUACCUGCAGAUACCUUGAUAUGGAGUACAACCCCAAAUGGGAAAUUCUCAGUGAGGAGUGCUUACAAAAUUGCUAUGGAGACUAGAGUACAAUCUGAUUUUGGUUCCUGUUCAAACAAUAGUGAUAUGAAGACACUUUGGAAGGUGCUAUGGGGUUUGAAAAUUCCAAAUAAGGUUAAACACUUUGGGUGGAGAGCGUGUAAAAACAUUCUACCAACAUUGUCUAACCUUAAAAAGAGAGGAAUUGUUGACAAUGAUUUAUGUGAAGAGUGUAAAAUGGGCUAUGAAUCCUUUGGUCAUGUGUUUUGGAGCUACUUAUGUGCUUCGGGUACCUGGGCUCUUACUUCUAUUUUCUGCAGGCAGCAACAUCUAUUUUUUAAUGAUUUUAUGGAGUUGUUUUGGUUCCUAGUGCAUGUUCAGAAAAGUGGUGAGGAAGUACUCUCAUUAGCUGUGACCAUUGCUUGGGCUUUGUGGACUAGGCAAAAUGAGAAAAGAAAUGGAAAACAGUUUAUGACAGGAUUUGAACUAGUCAAGUGGUGUGGAACAUAUAUUGAAUCAUUCAAGGCUGCAAAUUCUUCAACUUCAUCAAGUUCUAGCGAUUUAUCAAAUGCAGUAUCUAAUUCUGCAAAUGCAGUUUCUGCAACUACAGUUGCUGCAAAUGCAGUUUCUGCAACUGCAGUUUCUGCAAAUGCAACUUCUUUAUAUGCUGCAACAUCUGCAAUUUCUGGAAGUACUGCAUUAGGCUCGGCAAAACAAUGCAGACAGGUUUGGUCACCUCCUAAUGCUUCUGUUUUUAAAGUAAAUGUUGAUGGGGCUGUCUUCGCAGAACAACGAAAGUCUGGGGUAGGAGUGGUAAUACGCAAUAGUGAAGGUUUGUUCAUGGGAGCUUUGUCAAUGAAGCUAAAUCAACAUCUGGGAUCCUUGGAAGUCGAAGCAAAAGCUUAUGAAUUGGGCAUUACAUUUGCUAAAGAUAUGGGAUUUCAUGAGAUUGUUCUUGAGGGAGAUUCUGUUAUGGUUUCAAAUGAUAUUGCUGGCAUUUCUCCUCCUCCAUCUUUGAUUGCAUCAGUUGUGUAUGGAAUUAGUUCUUUGUUAAGUGCUUUUCGUAGAUUUUCUAUUUCACAUGUUGGUAGGAAAGGUAAUCAAGUAGCCCACUUGUUAGCAAAACAUGUUCAGGGUGUUGAGCAAUAUGUUGCAUGGAUUAAGGAGAGCCCUUGUUUCUUAGAACAUACUCUCUCAACUGAUGUACUCGUUUCUAGUUUAUGUUAA